AUGACAGAGGAUAAUGAAGUCCCAAACUAUAGGGGCUUUGAUGAAGGAGUUUCGUCUGAAGUGCAAAACCUAGCACGAUCAAUGAGUCGAACGUCUACAGAUGAAAAAUCGUUGUCUAGGACAUUUACCAAUAUGUCACAAGUUCCAGGAGUUAAUCCUAUGUCUAAAAACGAAGAUAUUGAUCCAAGGUUGGAUCCUGAUUCAGAUAAUUUUGAUUCCAGAUUCUGGGUGAAAAAUCUUCGGAAGAUGUAUAACUCAGACCCUGCGUAUUAUAAGCCGUCAUCAUUGGGUGUGGCAUAUAAAGACCUUCGGGCUUAUGGUAUUGCUACAGAUGCUGAUUAUCAGGCUAAUUUUGCAAAUGCUUUUUAUAAGCUUGCUUCUAGAACAAUUAAAAA